CCAAAUGCUCCACGCAUUCAGCUCCACACCGGAGAGGAGCAGCCACCUUCAACCAGACAUCAAAAAUAGCCCGGGGGCAGGGAGGGGACUGGGCUGGAGGAUCCAAAAGAAUCAUGUGGACAACUUUAUCCUCCCAUAACACAGAAACAGAUAGCAAGGAGGACUGAAGAUCCAGUAACCCAAUGAUACACAACCGAAUAGGGUAGAAACCCACCAAAUCAGAGGAUCUGAAUCUCUGUUCAAGGAAACCAAGUGUGUGAAUAGGAGCCGAUUCUGGAAUAUGAAGCUCAGCGUGGCAUUGUGUUUUGCUGGGGUGUUUGGGGCUUUGGCAGCAGCAUUUAUCUUCCUUUCUUUUGGAACCGAUUACUGGCUUUUAGCCUCAGAAACCUGCGACCCAGAAAAUAAGGAAUCCAAAGACAGUCUGACAAUUACGCUAGCCGUUGAUGUGGUGCACGACCAAAGCGGCAAGAUUGUCUCAUUCCAUUAUGGUUUCUUCUGGAUUUGCUUUUCUGGACUCCCUCCAGAUGCUUUUCUCAACCACACGGGGACAAUAUCGUCCUGGGAAAAGUCUUCCGCAAAACUCUGCUACCCUGGCUACCUGUUCCCGUUCCCAGAGCCAGGGCCUACCAACAGUACAACAAAAGACAAUACAGCUAUCAUCUACGGAGGUUUCUGGAGGAUCUUCAUGCUCAUAAGUGUGGCAGCGGUAACUCUCGGAGGGUUCCUCAUCAUCUGUGCAGCUCCGUUUGCGAGCCACUGCUUGUACAAAGCAGGGGGCGGCCUCUUCCUGACGUCUGGUUUUUUCAUGCUGUGUGCCGUGGUGAUGCAUGUGGUGUGGCUUCAGGUCCUGGAUGUGGUCCAAACCUUCAUCAACGAACAGCGAGCUACCCAUUGUCCAGACUUCACACUGAACCUCAGCUAUGGUCUGUCCUUCGUGUUUGCCCCCAUCGGGAUCUUCUUCGCCCUCUUGGCGGGCCUUCUGUUCCUGCUCAUCGGUCGAACUGUAAAGAUCCACCACUGAUUGAAAAGUUUUCUCUUUACACGCUCGUCUGAUUCUGUGUCAUCGGGACGCUGUGGAUUCUCUCUCUCCUCUGUGGUUUCAAUGAUCUGACAAGCUUGAACAUUUUGGUGUGAGACACUUGUUUGGUUUUCUUGUGCAGUUUUGAUAAAUGGUAGCCUGAGAAACAGUGCGAUGAAAACAUAUUUAUACCCCUUUUACUUUUUCCAUUUUUGCUUUUUUAAAUUGAUCAACACAAAGCAGUACAUAAGUGUGAAGAGGGAGAAAAAGAAUAACACUUUUACAGUAUGGUGUGCAUUGUUUACUCACCCCCAUUUACUCUGUUGCCAAUUAGUGAAGUCCAGAUGAGGCAGCUGUCUUGGAAAGCCACUCGAUUAGAAAAUGUAGCCAACGUUUGAGUUACUUGAUCUGAGCCAAAAUCCAGCUGUUAUGCGAAGGCCUCAGAGGUUUCUUAGAGAACAUUAGAGAACAAUAAACUUUAAGAUAAAAAAAGGGAAACUUUUGAUCUCAGGAUGUGUAAAGCUUGCAGAGACAUACUCCAAAAAAUGAACUUCAUUAACGCCCCCCAAAAAUAAAUUAGAUUCUGGUGUAAAUUUCAUUGUCCACGUUUCUUUGAAUAUGUAGAAGGUUUUUAUCUGUGGGUAGGAAUAUUCUUAUUCAGCGGGUUUUAAUUUAACAAAAGGGAAUUCUACAAAGUAUUGAUUUCCAGAGGCUGAAUAUAAAAGCAUGACAUUAUUCUUGGAUUUUUUUUUUAUUUUAGGAAAUGUUGAUAAUCUUGAUGAUCAUCAAUGUUAUCUAAUGCAUUUUGUUGAUCAUAUAAAAUCCCAACAUUUUUGUCAGGCUUGUGCAUUAGGGGUUGUAAAUACAUUUUCUCAAGGUUCUGUAUUUUUUAGGUCACUUUGUAAAAAUUGUGUUUUUUUUAUUUUAUUUUGUUGAACAAUGCUUAUUUUUAUUUUUUUAUUUUAUUUUAUAUAUUUUUUUGCUUUAGCACAAGAAGUUGAAGGGGUACAUUUCUAUACAAAUUCUAAUUUUUCCACAUCAUGAGUCCAAAAACCGGGUACAGGAUUGUCCCUGUGGUACAUUUUUCAAGCUGUACAUUCACAACAAUGGAAGCAACAAUAUCUAUAUUAGUUUUAGUCAAAUCUGUGUGUACAGCAGAGUGGCUCAUGCAUGACGCUAAGUAUUAGGCCACAGUUGUAAGUAUAAAGGCUUCAGUUUCAUUGGUGCAAUGUCGGAGCUUUAUCCACAGACAUAUAUGCAACUUUUUAAAAUAUGAUUAUUGCUGUUUUAGUCAAAGUUUGUUGCAGUGAGAAUGCUUUGAUGUUAUGCAAUAUAGCAAAGUGUUUUCAAGCUAUCGCGCUCACAGUUUCAUCAUUUUCUAAGAGAUAUCAGAUUGAUAACGAAGAUAAAACUGUAGAAUAUCCUGGUGACGUCAUUCUGAUGUGAUGAUGUCACUUACUGGUCAAGUUGGUUCAUGUCUGAAGCAGCAGUUUUAUGUUGGUGCUUUUACACUGUUUGCUGUAAAUGAUUUUAUCACAACUGCAAUAAAUAUUAAACUGUUUGUGCUCUUUGACUGUGAA